AUGCUCAUGCAAACUCGUGCCCUUGAGACAGAAGACAUCCUCCGAGAAAUAUUUAACCAUCUCAACUCGCUCUCCGAUGGGAGGACUCUGGCCAACUUGGCGUUGGUGUGCAAAGACUUCUGUGAUGCUGCGCUUGACGUUCUGUGGCAGCACUUGGAAAGUGUUAUGCCUCUGUUGAAGUUACUGGAGAAAUCAAUGCGUUCGGAAAGGCUAUAUGCAUAUCAAAGCGCCACCUCAGCACCAACUUUGGAUAACGACUGGAUGCGGUUCCUCGCCUAUGCCCGUCGGGUGCAUAUCCUGUGCCUUCUUCACAUUGCCGAGAGUGUCAGACCCAAGGAUUUAAUGUUCCUGGCUCGCCAUUCAGGCGACCGACCCAUUUUUCCAUCGUUAGUCUCGCUGGAGCUGUCCUCUAAUUCUAGUACUGCUGAGAUGCUGCUCCUUCUCGUGACAGGGGUAAUCCGCCCUUCUGAUGAGAUGACGGUAUUAGCAUCAUCCACACAGACAAAGCCCCCUCUUUUCUCUCUCUCACCUACACAGCUUCUUAGAAGACACGUUCAUCCUCUAGCGCCACAGACCUCCUCCUUGCGAGAACUUACCGUGUCUGGUGCGCUGUCCUCCCUCCUUCCGGAGAUCAUCGUCCAGUUCAGCAGGCUCGAGAAGUUGGAUGUCGAGUCUUGUGGUGUCUCGGCCCCGAUUCUAAGCGCACUGGCUGAUAUGAAGGCACUGCGAUAUCUGCGCCUUUCGGUUGGAGCUGCAAAAGUUGUAGUUCCGUACACCUUUGGAUCUCUGGAAUCUCUGAAUAUUACAGGACGCCCAUCAAAACUAGCCUGCUUUUUUAAAGGUCUCUCUGCACCCCUUUUGCACACGGUCAAAGUUGAGGUCAACUACUUCUUUGAUGUAUGGCUGCCCUGCCGUGCAUUCAUUGACGCACUGAGCAUGGAGCUCAGUUCCUCCCUCCGUGUGCUCGCAAUCAAAUGCUUCUACGUCGUGGAUAAACCUUGCGCGCGUGUAAUCGACGCACUGGCACCGCUCUUACAGGUUCGCGGCCUCGAGUCUCUGGACGUGAACGUUCGUGUCCCGUUGUCUCUCACCAGUGUGGAUGUCCACGACAUGGCUGCAGCCUGGACUCACCUAGAGUCACUAACGCUGGCUUAUGAUGACAAACACAACGUGGACGCGCCAUCCAUCUUCUCUCUCUCGGCAUUCGCCCUCCACUGUCCCCGCUUGCACACGCUGGCUAUCCCCCGUGUAGUCUCCCAGGCUGCCAUUCUAGAAUCGGAUAUAGUAGCAGGUCCCUCAAGCCAGACCCUGACGAGUCUUUCCUUCAAGUAUUAUCCGACGGAACCAGUCGCCGUCGAGAAAAUGAACAUCUUCCAGAUGGCGGUGUUCAUCUAUCAUACCUUCCCGAAUUCGCCUAAUAAAAAUUCUACCCGGCGAUCAGUCACCUACGCUUUUAUUGGACUGCAGCAAGGUGUGCAUAUGCUCAUGUCGCGGAUCAGGCUAGAAGUAUCCCGGGCGAUGCGCGGACUUCCUCCGCCGCCUUUGCCUGCACGGCCUGUCGUGCAAACUAAGCUUGUCCUACUGGACAAUCUCUUCGACAUGGUUGUCACCCGACCUGUUCGUAUGCGUACAAUUUCUACGACACUCGUUUGUUCGCGCAUACUCAAAAUUUUUGUCACCUUUCUCAAAAUCCUUGUCACUUUUCUCAACGUAGGGGAAGAUUUACCCUAUAUUUAUCUAGCAUUCCUCGGUGAUCUCUCAAUGACGAGGCGUGACCCCUCUUCAGCCUUUGUUGAAGAUAUACCAUGUAGAUGGGUUCUCCUUGGUUACAUUGGAUCGAUUCUAUCAUUCUGUGGUUCUGCAGGUGAUCGGUGUUAUAUCGCCAUGUAG